UGGGUCACAGCUAGACUUGUUGUACCCUUCUCCUACCUAUAUAAGCUCUGAAAUGGAAGAUUGAAAGUAUCAGUUGCUCACCAAAUCAACCGAAUCAACAUGAAGCUGUUCGUUAUCGCCGCUGUCUUGGCCGUCGCUGCCGCCACCAGCUACCCCUCCAACUACGCUCCUUCCAGCUACAAUAAGGAUAACAAGUACGCCGGAAUCACCAUCGUGAGCCAAUCCGAUGAGCGCAACCUUGACGGCAGCAGCAAGUGGAGCUACGCCGGAUCCGACUACACCACCCGUGAAGAGUCCCAGGUCCAGAAGAAGAUGCAAGGAGCCUCUUACGAUUCUUACGGAAAGGCCACCUACGAGGAUGUUAUGGGCAACACCAACAAGGGAUCUUCUUACUGGGUCUCCCCCGAAGGCGAGAAAAUUACUUUGACCUGGUCCGCUGAUGAGGCCGGUUUCCAGCCAAAGGGCGACCACUUGCCAGUUGCUCCCGUCCAUGAGUACGAGCUCCCAGUUGCCCCCGUCCACGAAUACGAACUCCCCGUCCAUGUCCCAUUCAACGGAAAGGGAUACAAGAUCUACUAAAUCAAAUAGUUGUUUGAUUUUUAAAAUUAUAACUUAUUUACCGAUUGAGCCAUGACGUUAUUUGUGUUGAUGUAAAUAUAAAAGCAAACCAUUUCA